AGUGACAACAUGCUUUUUAUAUGUUUUGUUAAAACCUGCAUUGGAGUAUAAAUAUGUUUUUCGAAAAUAACUUAUGCAGAUUUAGUCUCCAAAAUCAUAUUAAUCUGUGCACAUCGAGGAUUUCAGUGUGAAAGAAAAAAAUGAGGACUCAGCUGCUUAUAACUGGAAUACUGACCAUCACUCGGUUGAUAUAUGGAUCUACUAUAGGGGUCCACUUCCAAACAACAUCACCUGGAUUGAAUACUUCAUCAUCUCAUCUAUUUGGGGUUGAAACAACAACCGUCACUUUAAACGAGAUAAACACAACAAAGAAUGAUAAUAUGACGUCUUCACCUCUAAAAACAACAGCCAAUCAAACAUCCGCUGAAACCACAUCACAGUCUAUGACGCCAGACACAACAACAGCAGCCAAAUGUACCACAGCAACCACAUCAAUGUCUAUGACGCCAGACACAACAACAGCAUCCAAACAUACCACAGCAACCACAUCAAUGUCUAUGACGCCAGACACAACAACAGCAGUCAACCCUACCGCAGCAAUAUCAUCACAGUCUAAGGAGCCAAACACAACAACAGCAGCCAAAACUGCCGCAACACCAACACCACAGACUACGACGCCAAACACAACAGUAGCAGCCACAGCUGCCGCAUCACCAACACCACAGACUACGACGCCAAACACAACAUCAACAGCCACAACUGCCGCAAGACCAACACCACAGACAACGACGCCAAACACAACAAUAGCAGCCACAACUACUGCAGCAACAACACCGCGGUCUGAGACGCCAAACACAACAGCAGCAGCCAAAACUGCCGUAUCACCAACACCACAGACUACGGCGCCAAAAACAACAACAGCAGCCACAACUACUGCAGCGACAACACCGCGGUCUGAGACGCCAAACACAACAUCAACAGCCACAACUGCCGCAUCACCAACACCACAGACUACGACGCCAAACACAACAAUAGCAGCCACAACUACUGCAGCAACAACACCGCGGUCUGAGACGCCAAACACAACAGCAGCAGCCUCAACUGCCGCAUCACCAACACCACAGACUACGACGCCAAACACAACAAUAGCAGCCACAACUACUGCAGCAACAACACCGCGGUCUGAGACGCCAAACACAACAACAGCAGCCACAACUGCCGCAUCACCAACACCACAGACUACGACGCCAAACACAACAAUAGCAGCCACAACUAAUGCAGCAACAACACCGCGGUCUGAGACGCCAAACACAACAGCAGCAGCCACAACUGCCGCAUCACCAACACCACAGACUACGACGCCAAACACAUCAAGCACUAGUUUGACGCCUGAUGCAUCAACAUCCUCUUCUGCCAAAGAUAGAACAACAGAUUCAAGCAAACCGACUACGAAAGCUGCUGAACCAAGAACAAUACCUUCAACUUCUUUUGAUACAAACACCACAACUACAAUGCCAGACAACCAGCCAUGGGGCCAAAACACAGGAACCACUGUCGGAUCCUUCUUUGUGUCACACGAAUUGAUUAUAAUCACUGCAUGCGCACAUCGUAUAGUUGCGGUUCUAUAUAGAUUUGAUCAUUACAGCUCAUGUGGAUAAUACAGGAAUAGUCUGUACAUACACAUUUUUACUGACUUUUUACGCUCUUUUCUUAAACAUUCUCCUCAAAAUAGCAAUUCCCCUACGUGAUUAUUUAUAUGUAUGUUAACAUAAAAUAUCAUGACUAUUAGUGUAUGUAAAUAAAUGUUGUUUUCCCUACAUUUUAUUAUAAGCACGGACGGAAAGUCUGUUCAAUUUUAAACCUUAGUUUAAAACGAAAGUUGUACCUUAAAUAUUCAGGGUUGCUGUAAGCAAUGUUGAAUGCUUCCAUUCCAAGCUAACGUGCUUAGCCUUUUCGCUCCAAUUAAAAUCAUCGCAGAUGCUCAUUAUUUUACAUCCAAUGCCUCGAUCUAAAGUAUGAAGAAAAGUCGUUUAAAUAUAUUAUGUCUAUAUAUUUGCAUGUUUUUUUUUUUCGACAGUUAUUUACAAACACUUU